UAAAAUGUCAUUUUAUUGUAGCCAAUAAUAAGUUUCCAUUGGACAUGCGUUAUGGUUAUAAAAAGAGAUUUUUAUACAGUGGUCUCGUAGUCAUAAUAUUGAUUAUAUUACUGCACCCCAACAAAAAUGCACGUAGAACAUACGAGUUUAUAAAAUUAGAGAAAAUAUUAAAGAAUCUAUAUGAAGACAUUGGUAACAAUUUUACGAGCACAGCGUUGGUGGACUGUGAUUAUUACGAUAUCGUGCGAGACGAUACUACUCUGCCUAUCAGUAUUAUUGACGGGGAUUUAAUCGAUGGUCAUGGAAUUAGAGAAGGUGGGGAGCAUGCUCCAAUGGACUGUAAACCCAAGUACAGUACAGCUAUUAUUGUCCCGUACAGGGACAAAGCGGAACAAUUACGAGGCUUCCUUGUGUACAUGCACAUGUUCCUACGCAAACAACAAAUACAUUAUAAAAUUUAUGUGGUGGAACAAGUCGACACGAAGCCAUACAAUAAAGCUAAACUGAUGAAUAUUGGUGCUGUGGCCGCUAUGCGGGAUGGAUACCCUUGUCUCGUGUUGCAUGAGAUGGACCUAGUGCCGCUGAAGCCUUCCAAUCUAUAUGCUUGCACAAAACUUCCUAGGCAUAUGUCGAGUAGCAUUGAUAAAUAUAGGUUCGUCUUGCCCUAUUUGAAUCAGUUUGACGGUGCUAUAUCAAUACUAUCAAAACAAUAUAAGACUGUUAAUGGCAUGAGCAAUAAUUUUUAUGUUAAGGAGGACCUAUUUUCUAGACUAGAAUAUCAUAAUAUAAAAAUAUGUAGGUUUGAGCCUAAGACUAGUCUUUACCAUAGAAUUUAUACACCAAAAGAAAGAAGUUACAGACAAAAAAGAACUGAGAGGACAUUUUCAAAGGAAUUGAUGCUAAACGAUGGACUCAACACAUUAAAGUAUACCGAAGUUGCUACCGUCCUGCAUCCAUUGUUUACUCAUAUUAUGGUCGAUUUGUAGACUAUAUUAAAGGCUGUUUUAAUCAUGAAUAGAUUAAUAGUUAUUGUUUUAGUAAGCUAGAACUUAGCACAAAGGUAUUGUAUAUUUCAAUGUUAUUUUUUCAGUAUUAUGUUGUAUUUCGAAUGUUGGCAUUUAUUAUUUUAAAGUUUGUCUAGUCAUGUGAACAUCUCAAUUAUCACAUA